GCGCGCGGAGCGGCCAAUCAGCGGCGCCCACGACCCUCCCCGCACGAGUCGGAGCCGUCGGGUCGGGGCGCCGCCACUGCGGCCGCGGGCGACCGCGGCGAUGGUGUCAGUUGCGGGCUCCGCCGGCCGCCUAGGCUCCGCGCUGCCCUUCCUGCUGGUGCUCCUCGACCUGCAGUACCAGGGAGCUGAGUGUGGAAUAAAUGCUGAAGUAGAAAAGCAGCUUGAAAUGGGGAAGAAGUUAUUGGCUGCUGGACAACUAGCAGAUGCUCUGUCUCACUUUCAUGCAGCUAUAGAGGGAGACUCCGAUAACUACAUUGCUUAUUACAGAAGAGCCACGGUGUACUUAGCCAUGGGCAAAUCUAAAGCAGCAAUUCGUGAUUUAAGUAAAGUGGUUGAAUUAAAGCAGGACUUCACAUCCGCAAGAUUACAGAGGGGACAUCUGCUGCUCAAGCAAGGAAAGUUUGAUGAAGCAGAAGAUGACUUCAAAAAUGUGCUCAAAUCCAAUCCCAGCAAUAAUGAGGAAAAAGAAGCCCAAACUCAACUGACAAAAUCGGAUGAGCUACAGCGCCUGUAUUCACAAGCAUUGUCUGCAUACCAGCAAGAGGAUUAUGAAGCCGCAAUUCCUCUUCUUGAUGAAAUCUUGGCAGUUUGUGUUUGGGAUGCAGAGCUACGGGAACUUCGAGCUGAGUGCUAUAUAAAGGAAGGGGAGCCGAGCAAAGCAAUUAGUGACUUGAAAGCUGCUGCCAAAUUAAAGAGCGAUAACACUGAAGCCUUCUAUAAAAUCAGCAGAAUAUAUUAUCAGCUGGGGGACCAUGAAUUAUCACUCAGUGAAGUCCGGGAGUGUCUGAAGCUUGACCAAGACCAUAAGCAAUGUUUCUCUCUGUAUAAACAAGUAAAGAAACUCAAUAAGCAGAUUGAGUCAGCGGAGGAAUUCAUCAGAGAAGGCAGAUAUGAAGAUGCUAUCAGUAAAUAUGACUCUGUAAUGAAAACUGAGCCAGAUGUCCCAGUUUAUACUACUCGUGCCAAAGAAAGGAUCUGUCACUGCUUAUCAAAGAAUCAGCAGGCUACAGAAGCCAUAACGGUUUGUACAGAAGUUCUGCAACUCGAACCAACCAAUGUGAAUGCUCUGAAAGAUAGAGCAGAAGCUUAUUUGCUGGAAGACCUUUAUGAAGAAGCUAUUAAAGACUAUGAAACGGCUCAAGCCAAUAGUGAAAAUGACCAACAGAUUCGGGAAGGGCUGGAAAGAGCUCAGAGGAUGUUGAAGCAGUCACAGAAGAGAGAUUACUAUAAAAUUUUAGGAGUAAAAAGAAAUGCUAGAAAGCAAGAAAUCAUAAAAGCUUAUAGAAAGCUGGCAUCCCAGUGGCACCCUGACAACUUCCAGAGUGAGGAAGAAAAGAAGAAAGCGGAGAAAAAAUUCAUUGAUAUAGCAGCUGCUAAGGAAGUCCUUACUGACCCAGAAAUGAGGCGGAAAUUUGACGCAGGAGAGGACCCCCUGGAUGCGGAGAGCCAGCAGGGUGGGGGCAACCCCUUCCAUAGGAACUGGAACACGUGGCAAGGAUUCAACCCCUUUGGUUCUGGAGGAGGACCAUUUACAUUCAAAUUUCACUUCAGUUAGAGCCAGGACCGUUUCAGGUGGCUGCUGCUGUUUUUUACUUAAUUUGUUCGAAAAAAUAAAAACUCUCUCAGUUCAAGACCCAAAAUCUUAAUUUCUAAUGUUGUCCUUAACCCAGAGUCUUACCGCACUAGAAGAAAGCUACUUCUUUCUUUUAGUAUUCAAAGCAAAUUUGUGGUGAGCUUGACAAGCUUAUACUGGCGGGGGGAGGUUGAAUAAGGGUUUUGUUACUGCCUAUGUAUUUGUUGUGGAUAUGCAGGAGAUGUUUUUUCCAUCCGUAGGAAUAAACAAUACGAGGCUGUUUAGGACAACACUUAAAUGCAGCUUUAGGACUCAAGUAUAUGCUUACAGAUAAAAAAAAAAAAAAUGCAUGUAAAUAUUUUUUUGAAUCGGGGGGCCUAAUAAAUGUGGAAAGGGUAGUUACAAUAGUCUCUGCGUUAACAAAUUGUUUGUCAUUGUGCUCAGCAGAACGAUCCAUUUCUCAGUAUUCUUUAAGGGAAACCCUUGUGACCACCUGUUGUAUUACUGUGGGCAGCGCCAUGGGGAGGGGGAAGAGGCUGCGUGCUGACCGAGCCCCGGCGAUCUCUUACAAAGAAGAUCACUUGUCAGUAAGGAUUUUGAAAAUGGCUGCUUGCCUUAUUCCUUUACCUGAGAUUUAAGUGGGAUGAUUUCCUUGGCUGCGAUUGUCCAGUAGGAAAGUUUUUAAAAAAAAAAAUAAUAAUAAUAAUAAAAAAAAUCUGUUUUAUUUUUUUUUCUGAGGACUGUUGCUGUGAUUCCUAAUGUUUAAGAGUCAUUUUUGAGGAGUUUGUGCUUCAACAAAAUAUUUGGUUGAGAUUUGAGCAAAGCAGCGUGAUGUGACAUUCACCCCUCUGCAGCCAUUUGUUACUCCUCUGUACUAAACCCCGAGCCAGCACAGGUUGUGAGGUGACUGUGUGUGAGCUGCAGGAAUAAAAUCCGAGCUGUCGCCUCCGCUACGCAAUACAACUUCCUUUCUGUCGGGUGGUGCCACGGUGAUUUCAUGGUGAAGCUGUUUGAAGCUAUUUUGUAUUUUGUGUAACAGCCGCAGUGCUGCAAAAGCAACUGCCUGUGUGUGAAGUCUGAGUUUGCAUUGGCCAGAAGUCUACUGUUGUCCCGUGCGUGGGCAAAACUGGAGCAGUGUGGUGAUGGAGCUGGGUGAGAUGGGAGGCGUUCCUAGGGCUGCAGCUGCUGCAGGUGAGGUGGUCUUCUCGCUCUCAAACUGAGUAUGUUGAAAUUACUGAUGAGUUUCACCAGCAGUUGCAUUCUUAGAAUGCAAAAAUCACAAUUCUUUAAUUGACUGACUUGAUUUUUAACUGGAAAACUACGAUCAGUCGAUAGGGCUCUUCUCUCACUUCAGCUUGUGGCAUUUAAAGAGCAUGAGCAGCCUCAGUCAAACAAAGCAAAUGAAAUCUUCUAUCUGAAAGUGUGUGUAUAUAUAUAUAUUUAAUUACUGUAAGUGCAGUUGCUUUUGAAGCACAGCCCUUGUCUGCUGCCUUGAGUACUUCACAAACUGAACUGUGGCUUUGCAAAAAGUGUCUUUCUCAGCAGCAAUUUAAAGGCCAGCGUUUGGUCAGCAGAAAAUUAUCUUCAGGCUGACGAAGAGUGCGUGUGGUGAUUUCCAGUAGCUGAUGGUACAGAAGCACUGCAGCAUCCUAUUAAGGUUCAGCAUCAGAUAUUUUCAAGUUGAAUGACUUCCUAGAAGUUCGGCUUCUGCUUUUGACCCUCCUCAAGUGUUUCUGUUUAAACUCAGUAGAGGAUGCUCAGGAUGCCGCUCGUGCCCUUGUGAGGUCAGCGGGGCUCCUGUUGGACCUCUGGGGCCCAGGCAAGGAGCUCACUGCACAGCCCAUGCCCAGAUGCUGUCCUUCGGUGCAGGCUGGCCCAGGCAGCUCUCCCACACGUGUUUUUGCUCGCAGUGAGCAGAAGCUGAGUCUCGUGAGCCACAUCCCCUGGUUGUUGUCAGCUCUCCUCGCUGUGGUGCGGCAGAGCCAGGUGCCCGUGGUGCACAGCCGGCUGGUGCUGUGCCGGCUGCUGCCCUGCGUCAGCAGUUCUGUACCACCUCGUUCGCUGCAGGAGGGGCUGUUUUAAAUACUCCUUCAUGAGCAGUGUAAGCAAUACACCGUGGUUUUGUACUUACAGCUGUGUUCAGCUGCAGGAAGUCACAAUAAAUAGCACAGUCGGUCAGUCUGCGUGCUGGAGAAGCAUAUGAAUGUGACAUUUGGAAGGACUGCCCUUGUGCACCUUUUUGUUCUUACCCCUCUUCCUCCUCUGUUUUAAAAGCUAUGGCUGAGAGAUUUUUUCCCCCUUUUUAUUUUUUAUUUUUAUUUUUAUUUUUGAAAGGAAAAGGUGGUCCCUCACAGGUAAACUGUUUGUAUAAGGGAUCGGUGUUAGUGCCACGUGUAUUCCUUUCUAAUGCAGCCGAUGCUUCUGUAGGGUGGAAGCAGUCAGGAACAGAAAGGACUAUGUGUAAUUCUGACAAUGAGCGGCAAAGGGAAAAGUGUGUAUUUUUUGGGAGGGGGAAAGCUUGAAUCCAGUCAGGGGGAGAUGAUUAAUGCUUGAAUGCUGUUCAUAGAUAUCUCUUGUGAAAAACAAUGCCUUGAAAAAUGAAGAAAAAAAGAUGACGAUGGAGAAUGAGGCUUUCUGAUACCAAGCAGCUGCUGCUCAUGCACGUUAGCACCAGCGCUGCUAAGCGUGCAGAUGCUGGCUGUGAGCUCUGGAGGUGCUUCUGAAAACACAAAGAGACAAAGUUGUACCUAAAAAGAAAGAAGAAGUUGUUAGGUUUCAAGGGUUUUCAGAUGCAGCGAUGUGUUUCCUGCCGUGACUUCAGCAAACGAGUGCUGGCACCGCACUGAGCGCUGAUGGCGUGCGCUGCGUACGAGGAAGCUGAAUCCGCCUUUUUAUUUAUAAUGGGUGUCUGUAGUGCAAUAAUGUUCAGUAACUGAACAUUGAAAGAAGUCUCAGUAGUUUGUGAAGCCUGAGAUGUGCAUGAAGCAUCGUUACAGCAACGGGCCUCUGUGGAGAUGCACACUUUCUAUGUUGAGUUCUGUCUUGCAGUUUUUAUAAACCACUUCCCCACUUGCUUUAAAAUGAAGGAGGGGAGCUGUGGCUUAUCUUGCUUGAGGUAUGCUUAGUACUGAUGCGCUAUAAAUCAGUAUUAAACUGGAUGCAGAGUGAAUUACAAAUGUAAGAGCUCAACCUUGCGACGUACGCAGGAAACCUGUUAGCUAAAAAAAAAAAUAAAAGCAAAAGCUUGUUAUCAUUUCAGCUUCCAGACCGGUGUUUGGAAUGAGAAUUACUCUUCUCUUUUGGGCUGUGAUUUGUAGGAGCUUUGCUGGGCAUCAGCCACUAUAGCGUAGCGGGUUGGUUGUAUUUAAAAGUGCCUUACUGUAAGGUAUGGUUUGUUUGCUCUGUAAUACACACUCUUGUCCAUUUAAAAAAAAAAAAAAUAAAAAAAAAAAUGGGAGAAUCUUUUCUUUGCCCACU